CUUUUAAUAGUAGAAUGUGACCCAUUUCGGCGUUUUGCAAUUUGCUUAAUAGUGAGAAGCGGUUCCAAGUUGCAGUUAAUCCUUUUGAGAACGAACAUCUAUGGACUAUGGCGAGCAGUGAAACCUCCAGCAUGAGUGGAGUCCCGUCGUUAGUCAAUCUGUGCUUGGGCGUUGUCAAACAUGAUCUCCUUCGCGGUGAUAAUUCUAAUCUCCUCUCCGGCGUUUAUCAUCUUUCAUCGGACUUGUUUGAUCGCCUGUUGCCGCUGUUACCUCCGUUGGCUUUGCAACUACUGCAAGAGCAACUGCCACUUGAUUUUUGGGACGAUCACAUAUGUUCUCCUGAUAGCUAUGAUUUUCCAAGAAAAAAGAGAAGAUGCGUGAUUUUUGAAAGUGCUUGGGAGACUUUGUAUAAAGCACGUUGGCCUGAUUGUGGCCACAAGAAUAGGAAAUUGCAGUUGUGUUCAUUCCACGACUUGAUGAAAAGAAGGGAAACAAAGCAUGAUUUCAUUCAUGACUGGCAGCAGAUGUACUGGGAGACACAUCUACAAAAUUGCCUGGAUGCAGCUACAGAGAUAGCUUCAUUCCCAUCUUUUGAAGGUCACAUUGGUGAAACUAAAGUUCCUGAUUCUAUACUGGAGUAUAUUGGUUAUAGGGAACAGUUUCCUGACUUAUCCUAUGACCCCUCAAAGUUCUCGUAUCACUGCCAACAAUUUGGAUCAUAUGCCAGUUGUCUGAGGCUGGCAGAUGUGCUUUGUGUUGCAGAAACCUGUCAUUUAUUAAGAAAUGCUAAGUUGGAGUGUUUGGAUUUAAGGUGGAUAAAAUCUCAAAGUGAAGAUGAUGUUGACGGCCUAUGUAAACUUUUGAAUCAGAAUAGGGGGACAUUGAAUUCAAUAAAAUUUAUGUUUUGCAAGUUUUCUACAUCAUCUCUGAAUGCAAUUUGUAGCUCGCUAUGCUUUGAUGGUCUUCAAACUCACCAUGUGCAGCACUUCUCUAUUAAGACAUCAAGGUUUUUAGAUAACAAUGGAUCUCUUCUGCCUAGUGGACUGCUGCUUUUUUUAUCAUCAGGGAGGUCCUUGUCUUCAUUAAGCUUCUCUGAUAACAACCUUAAUAAAAACUGCGCAAGAAUGAUCUUGAACACACUCCUCAAUGCCUCGUCUAGCAUACAUGUCCUAGAUCUCUCAGAAAACAAUAUUAAUGGGUGGCUUUCUCAUAUAAAAUGGCAAUCCACAAGUAACAUGCACUUACCUUCUGGAAUAUCCAAUUCAUUGAAGUCAAUACGUGUACUGAAUUUGAGGAACAAUAUUCUACAAAAGGAUGAUGUGGAUUGUCUCAGAUAUGCACAAAUCUACAUGCCUAAUUUGGAGAGUCUUGAUUUAAGUGACAAUCCCAUUGAGGAUGAUGGAGUCAGGAGUUUGAUUACUUAUCUUGAGUAUUCAUGUAAGAUUGUUGAGUUGAGAUUGGAAAACUGUGAGCUUACCGGCCAUGGGGUGAAGUGUCUUUUAGAAUGUCUCUCUGUUUUGGAGAAACCACCAACCUCUCUUUCAAUUGGUAGCAAUUAUCUUGGCAGUGAGAUAGGAGCAUCAAUAGGGAAAUUUAUGAGCAAAGGAAUUCUAUCUCUUGACAUUGAUGACAUUGGGCUUGGUUCUUCUGGCUUCUCAAAAGCUCAAGAAGAGAUAGUGGAAGACUUGAAGAUUAUCUGCAUCAACAUAAGCAAGAAUCGUGGUGGCAUUGAUACUGCAAAGUUUAUAUCAAAGCUUUUUUCAUAUGCUCCGGAGCUUGUAGCCAUUAAUGCUGAGUUUAACCUUAUGCCAGCUGAAUCCUUGGCAAUCAUAGGGUCUGGCCUAGCUGCAAAUGGGAAACUAGAGCUCUUGGACUUGAGUGGAAACGCAUCAUGUGAAAACUCUGCUGAUGCUUCUGUGCUGAGUAAAUAUGAAAUCAAUGGGAAAUUAGUUAUUAUUGACUUGCCAUCUUCAGCACCAAAUGUACCUUACGACGAUGAUCCAUAGUUGCUUAGAUCUUGGGUUUGUGCUAAAAUUCAAGGUUGGUGGACAGAUCAUAAGGGAAUACAAAAACUCUUGCAACAACAAACGUUUUCCUCAAAAACACAUCUUUAAUUGUGUUCACCGCACUGCUUCAAUUACCUUUUGUAUGCUCUUAGUUCACUUUAUAAAUUGACUCUGUCCAAAAACAGGCCUUGUUUUCUGAAUUUUCAAAUGAGCAUAUAUAGUCCUAUAUUUCCAGCUAA